AAGCGGGUAGCGGUCUUCCAUUUUCUCGAGGCUUUCGACCAACAUAGAGCACGUGUUUGUUGCCGGUCGCUCUUUAUUCUCAUCGCAUUUAAUUAAACCUUCAAUAUACUUUUGUUAACAAUUAACUAACCUUGUUGACGUCCUCGAGCUCCGUAAUUACUCCGAUUAUUUAUUUGUUGUAACUAAUUAAGUUGUAAUAAAUAAUGAAUCCUGAAAAGCUUAAAAAGUUACAAGCACAAGUUAGGAUUGGAGGUAAAGGUACACCUCGUCGUAAAAAGAAGGUUGUCCACGCGACCGCCGCGACAGAUGACAAGAAACUGCAGAGCUGUCUGAAGAAGCUCUCGGUGAACACGAUCCCCGGGAUCGAGGAGGUCAACAUGAUCAAGGAUGACGGUACGGUAAUUCAUUUUAACAACCCAAAAGCUCAGGCGAGCCUCAACGCAAACACCUUCGCUAUCACCGGGCACGGCGAGAACAAACAAAUCACAGAAAUGCUUCCGGGCAUACUGAGCCAGUUGGGCCCAGAGGGCUUGACCCAGCUCAAAAGAUUGGCAAGCACGGUGGCUGGCAGUGCUGUUGGCAAAGCCACCAUGGAGGAGGAUGAUGAAGUGCCGGACUUAGUUGAAAACUUUGAUGAAGCAAGCAAGGAAGAGGUUGUUACAAAGAAAGAAGUUGAAGAAACUGACAAAAAUGCAGCUGACAAAAAAGAAAUCAUUACACCAGUAGAAGAGAAAAAAGAAGCAAUAGUUAAAUCUGAUGCUUAAAAUGAUACUCACCGGUAAAAUAAAUGGCUGAGUUAACAAACAUUAAUUGCUUAAGUGAAGAUAAUUUGUAAUUGUAUCAAACAAUUCAAAUCUUUAAACCUUGUGUUAUACAAUUAUAAUAAUGAUAAAAAAAUAACAGUUUAAGUGGAAACAAAAUAAAAAAAAACAAAAUCGUUGGCCACAUCUCUAUAACAAUAAAUUUUACGAUACUAAAUAGAAUUUUUUUUUUACGUAAUCUAAACUAAUCUGUACAAUAUAACUUGUUAAAAAAAAAAUUGCAUGGAUGCAUUGUAAAGUGCUCUAGUAAGAACAAUAGGAAUUUAAAUCCCGCCGAGAGGUAGACCAUUGUAUUGCGACUUGUAAGUAUUCGGACUAAAUUUUAAAACUUUAAGUGCGUAGUAGCAUUUAAUAUAUAUAUAUAAAUAUUAUAUUCUCGAUAACUCCAUAUAUAAUAAUAAUAAUAAUAAUAAUAAUAAAAAAGUACAUCACUGUAUAAUGUGCGAUUUAAUUAAGUGCUUGUUACAAGUGAGGAUUAUUGAAGGUAUAAAAAUUAAAUUCUUUUAAUAAAAAUUGUAAUUACCGUAUUUAAAUCC